ACCGGAAGUGAAGAACUGGAACAAAUCACGGAAAACACAAGAGCUGGAGAGUCUGCAGAAAGAUGAGCCGCAUUUACCACAACACGACUUUACAGAAUAAACCAGUUCACAAUGAGAGGCUGGAGUACGGGUUCAAGGCGGACCCGGACCACAGGGGGAACGGUGUUCUAGUGGAGGGGAAACUGAUGGACGUUUCCAGACACGCAGUUACUGACGUCAACAAUCAGAAGGUACGGUUCUACGUUCUCUACGUCAAACCCAGUCGUAUCCACCAGAGGAAGUUUGACGCCAGCGGGAAUGAAGUGGAACCCAACUUCAGCGACACCAAGAAGGUCAACACCGGCUUCCUCAUGUCGUCCUACAAGGUGGAAGCUAAAGGUGAAUCGGAUCGUCUGUCGGAGGAGCAGCUGUCUGCGCUGGUGAAUCAACCUGAACUGGUCCGAGUCACGGACCGGUACCGACCCGCCGGGACCUGGGCCUUCUGGUACCCGGAGUCUGAGAUGGACCGGACGGAGCUGGAGGCGGGACAGGAAGUCCGCCUGAAGACCAGAGGAGACAGUCCAUUCAUCUUCUCUUUGGCCAAAGUCGACGGUGGAACGGUGACCAAAUGCAACUUUGCUGGAGAUGAAAAGGCCGGAGCGUCGUGGACGGACAAGAUCAUGGCAAACAAGGCAGAAGGAGACGCCGUCCAGAAGACGGAGGACGGAGACGGAGCGGUGGACGACGAAUGGGACGACUGAGGACGCUGUUUCCCUCCAGGGUGGACUCUCCUUGUUCAAAUGGACCUGGACUCUCAUCCACAUGGUCCUGGACUCUCCUCAUCCACUAUUAUUAUUAUUAUUAUUAUUAUUAUUAUUAUUAUUAUUAUUAUUAUUAUUAUUAUUAUUGUUCUUUCCAUAGACAUCUGAGCAUGCUCAGUUCAAG